UCGCUGUUGAUUCUUCGACCUCGAGAUCAUACAAGCCUAAUAUUUAUGCUCAUAAAACAUAACCUUUCCACACACACACAAGAUAUACACAAUGAACGAACCUACACUCGUAUGGGAUGUGAUCUACCAGAUUCUCGACGAAUGCAUAUCCUUAGAGCUCGCUGAAAGCAGGCAGCUGCUUGAUCAGUCCACAAAGAAAACCUGCUGGAGCUCCCAGCUUAUUUUGAUCAAUCGCCAAUGCCGAAAUUACAUUCUACAAAAUGCCCUGUUCCAUCGACUCCAAGUAUUUUAUUCGCUUGGACGGACAACACGAUGGCGCGAUCCAGUCAUUGUAGGCGUCGACAAGGGCAACAAUAGCAACGAGUGGACCAUGCUCCAUGUCAGUCUUGUGGAGGACAGACAAGUUGAAAUGUUUUCCUUACUUGAAGUCCGGCCACCACGCCAAUCGGCUCCAUCACUCUUGCUGGACAAGAAACCAACACGUUCCUGGAAUCGUCACGAUACGAGUCGGGUCGUCUUGAGCGGUGACGGCAGAGUUGUGCCCUUGUUUUGCUACGAUCGCAUGGUUAAAGAUAUCGAGGAGUUUGCGACACUCAAUUCUGCGUCGAUCUGGGUCUGGCGGUCCCCGUCCAACGCAUGGCUUUAUCGUCACCGGCCAACAUACAAGCUGUAUUUGGAUUAUCCAGAAAACGAGUUGUUGAUAUGGGAAUUAGGGAAAUCUGCUUUGCAUAACAAUGUGCCAGUUUUCGCGAGUUUGGCUCAACCUGGUGCCGCUACACAGAUGUUAUUAAGAUGACCCCUGGAUACCGCCCCUCUUUGAUUCCCUUUAUCUGCCAUUGCUGCUAUUGUUAUUUACUUGUAAUUGGUGUGAUGAUUAAUUUAAUGAUAAUAAAGUGAGAUAAAC